AUGUCCAUCACGGUUACUACUCGCGCGAAGAGUGGACACGCGGACGAUUGGGAGUAUUGUGGAGUGAAACUGACUAUUCAUAAUAUUGUCAUACCGGAUGAGAAGCGAUGCCCCACACCAUCUCAACUUGACAACAUGGAUGCGGAACUGGAGACGGACCUGCGGAUAGUGGGAUGCGAGCUAAUCCAAGACUCAGGCAUUUUGUUAAGACUUCCCCAAGUUGCAUUAGCAACGGCACAAGUUUUGUAUCAACGUUUCUUCUAUUCAAAAUCGUUUGUUCGCCACUUUUACGAGCAUUAUGCGAUGGCGUGUAUCUUUCUAGCGGCAAAGUUGGAAGAGUGCCCUAGACGUAUCAGGGAUGUCAUCAAUGUUUUUCAUCACAUCCGUCAAAUCCGUGAGCAAAGGAUCCCGACACCUGUGAUGCUGGAUCAGAGUUACAGCAAUUUGAAAAAUCAAGUCAUCAAAGCAGAGCGACGCCUUCUGAAGGAGCUGGGGUUCUGCGUACACGCAAAACAUCCGCAUAAGCUCAUCAUCUGUUACCUACAAGCACUGGAACAGGAGAAGAAUGCGAAGUUUGUUCAGUGUGCUUGGAACUAUAUGAAUGACAGUUUGCGCACUGAUUUGUUUGUGCGCUAUCUUCCGGAGGCGAUCGCGUGUGCCUGCAUUUACCUGGCUUCCUGCAAGUUAGGCAUUCCACUACCUCGGCACCCGGCAUGGUGGGAAAUGUUCGCUGUGGAUGAAGAAUCUGUGCGCGAGAUAUCCUUGUGUCUUGUCCGUCUGUAUGCCCGCCCCAAGCCAUGUGUGGCGGAACUAGAGGCUGAGCUUGCUAAACUGCGUAAAAACCAAAUGGAGGCUAAGGAGCGUGAGUUAGAACUUAAAAAAGUCCCCGCUGGUUCAACUCCAAAUUUGGGUUCUGAUCAGGGUUCCAUUAACGUUUCACCAGCAUCAGUUACGGUAUCUGAAAAGCUUUCUUUACCGUCUCACGACGGUGGUCCCCUCAAAACAGAUGAAGUCAAACUUUUUCGGGACGAUCGGGUUUUACCUCCAAAUUCUGUUUUGGCAAGUGCGAUAGCCACUGCGAAAGCCGUUGCAGCGAACAUCAGUGCCGCUAAGGGAGCAUCUGAUGCCAAUCGGAAAUCCAACUCAUCGAGUCCAACAGUGCCCGAGCACAAGAGAAUCUCUGAGACGUCGGAACCUACCCGUAAUGAUAUGGUCAAGAAGCGCGAAUCUCCAGAAACCACAUCCAGGAAACCCAGCAAGUAUUCGCUUGAUAUUGCCUCAGGUAGGCCAGCUGCGUAUCCCAACGUCUCACCAGAACCCCUGGCAUCCCGAAAACGGCGGCAUCCGAGUAAACGAAGUUCCAGGCGCCGGUCGGCCUCUCACUCUCCAUCAUCUUCAGAAUCUUUGACUGAUGCAGAACAUUCAAAGGGAAACGUCCCACAAAACCCCUUCAACCAAAUAAACUCCCGGCAUUAUCGUCACCGUCGGCUCAAUGCCCAAGAGAGCGUUCAUUCUACAUCUGGAUCCGACACACCUAACAGCCCUCUUAGCCCGGUGAAGCGCCGUAAGAAAUCCAUGCACAGAAACAGGUCUCUUUCACGUUCUUCUUCAGCAAGCUCGAGAUCGUCAUUGUCAUCAAAUGGUGACUCUCGCGCAUCUGGAAUGCAUGCACACAAAAAGCACGUUCACAGGUCUCGUCGGCGGGGGUCACCUCCAGCAGCCUAUCGAUUAGACCCAUAUCAAGAUUCAUACAACUCUCUUAAACUUAGUAGUAAACAUCGAUUAUCUUCAAAAUCCUCUUCGCUAGUUAACGGUGGAGGACGUAGCCUUUUAAAUCGUUCCCACCCGCGCUCCAAGACAAAUGAGGUUUCGGAUCGCCGGGAUCUAGUUUCACGCGAGCAUAGACGUCGUUGAUGUUACACUGUACAUAGCCACCAUACCCUUUCGUUAUCCCCCUGUACAAAUUCUAUUAUCGCAUUCUAUUCAGAUAACUGCCAAGUACAUCUCUCUUGUUUGAUGAUUUCGAGGUUAUCGGGGCUUGGUUUUUAGAUGAGAAGUGCAAUCAUCGUGUUUGCUGAAUCUGUUGAUAGUACACAACCACUCUUUGUUCCCUACAGGAAUCCGUUUUCAACCAAAUCUAGCGAUGCAUUUACCACCAACUAGUAUCUGACGGCCACUGGUUUGGCCCUUGCCGAAUGGGAAGCCACAAGGAGUAACCGUCGCAUACCGCUUACACAAGCACUGUGAUGGCAUCGGCUUCCACACAUGGAUUGUCACGCAUGUAUUCUACCUGCGCCGGACGGCGGUGGUCUACGGGUCUCCGAGUCACGUGAUUGGCGUGAUUGAAAAGUGGGCGUUUCGUUGUCUUCGCCGCAGACGUGACGCCUAUUCCUGUCGCCAACAUGGCGCACGAAUGUCAUGGACCACGGUGUUCAAGUGAUUUGUUGCAUUAUUUUGCAGUUUUACGCUUUCGGUACGUCUUUCAGAAAUACAAAUUUUC